AUGUCCACAUCAUCUAGCUCUCCGAUUCUAUUAACCACAGAGGAAUCUCCAAUCCCGCGCUGCCAAACAACGGACGCGGAAAAUACUGAAAGUAAAACCAGCGAUGACAGCGCCAUUGCGGCAUCCCCGCACACCGCAGCUCGCCCAUCACCUAAAGUUCGCCUGCACCUCCAAGACCUUACAGACCCCGCAACUAAGACCUUCAUAAAUUUAAUCGCAGACCCAAAUGCCGCAAUCAAUACAGCUCUAGCCAACAUUGUAACGUACCUGUACACAUCUCCCCCGAAAAAUGACCAAACUGGGACCGACUAUGCUCAAUCCACACGUCCCCACUUCAAACCAUCCCUCCCAGACACCCGCUCCGUCACCCUUAUACUCCGCAAUAAAUCUGGCGUAGCUUACACAACAGGCACAGACCUAGAUCCAGACCACAAAGAGAUCCACAUCUCUCUCUCCUACAUCUCCAAAGUCAGCAAGACAUUUGAAGACCCGACCAGCGAACUCUUAGGCGUAAUCACCCACGAGCUAGUGCAUUGCUAUCAGCACAGUCGCCCUCGUUCCGACCCGAAAAAUGAGAAGAAACAGAAGGGAAAGCCUUCACCGGAAAUGCCAUCUCCCCCAUCCGGUCUAAUUGAAGGUAUUGCGGACUUUGUACGUUUGAAGGCAGGCCUCGUUCCUCCUCAUUGGAAGCGGCCGAUGAACAAGGCUGAGCGCGGUGACUCGUGGCAUCAGGGGUAUCAGAGCACUGCAUUCUUUCUGGAAUGGAUUGAGGAUGUAAAGGUGGGGAAGGGAGCAGUGGGGAUGUUGAAUGAUAGGUUGUUGAGGACGGGGUAUGUGGAUGAGUCGGAUCUGAACGCAGACGAGAAUGACGAGAAGGGGGAAGGGGAGGGGCAGCGAGUGAUGAAGGAUGGCAAGACGCCGGCUAAGUUGGGAUUCUGGCACGGGCUUUUUGGAGCGGAGGUGCUGGAGCUCUGGGAGGAAUAUGGAGAGUAUUUGGAUUCUUCUAAGAUGAAUUAA